CUCGCGGGGGCAAAAAGCCUUCGGCGGCGCGGCGGGACAAGGUUCGCGCCCGGAGCGCGUGGCCCCAGCCGGCGUUGGCGGGGGUACGGGACGGGACGGGACGGGACGGGACCCGCGGGGGAUAUAAACCGGCUGAGGGAAUUAACGCGAGUCGGGUUUCCCGCCCUUGAGACAAAGUCUGUACUCGGCGGCUCGGCACUCGCUCUUGCUGGGUGGGGCUUCGCACGCCCGCGGGGAGUAAGACCAACAAACAGGUGGUGCCACGCUUGAAGUGGAACCCGCACGGAAGAAAACGCGCCCGAACGGGUGACCCGAGCACGUUGCGGGCCAGCCGGCGUGGCAGCCGCCCUCGCAGAAAUAGGAAUCCUCGCUCUGCCGGGGGCGGCCCGGGCUCCAUCAGCCGCGGGAGCACGACGGAGCACGGCCAGUGGCGCAGCCGGGCUGGGUGAGGACCCCGCCGCCCCGCGGCUGUGUCCCUGUGCAGAGAAUAUCAACCAGUUGUUAAGAUAGGAGAGGGAACAUUUUCUGAUGUUCUGAAGACACUGAGUCUUAGGGAUGGAAAGUACUAUGCAUGUAAACACAUGAAGCAACAUUUUGAAAGUAUGGAACAAGUGAAUAAUCUGAGAGAAAUACAAGCACUAAGGAGGCUGAGUCCACAUCCUAAUAUCCUUGUGUUACAUGAAGUUGUUUUUGAUAAAAAAGCUGGGUCCCUUUCACUGAUAUGUGAACUUAUGGACAUGAAUAUUUAUGAGCUGAUAAAAGGAAGGAGAAAGCCAUUACCUGAAAAAACCCUUAAGAACUACAUGUACCAGUUAUGCAAAUCUCUUGAUUACAUACAUAGAAAUGGGAUAUUUCACAGAGAUGUGAAACCAGAAAACAUAUUAAUAAAGCAGAAUACCCUGAAGUUAGGAGAUUUUGGAUCUUGUAGGAGUAUCUAUUCUAAGCAGCCACAUACGGAAUAUAUCUCCACACGCUGGUAUCGAGCACCUGAAUGCUUACUUACAAAUGGCUACUAUAGCUACAAAAUUGAUAUGUGGAGUGCUGGCUGUGUUUUCUAUGAAAUCACAAGUUUUCAGCCUCUCUUCCCUGGAUCUAAUGAGCUGGACCAAAUUUCAAAAAUCCAUGACAUUAUAGGCACUCCUGCUAACAAAACUCUCAAGAAGUUCAAGCAGUCAAGAAUUGCGACUUUUGAUUUCCCUUUUAAAAGAGGAAAAGGAAUACCUCCUCUUGGGCACAAUUUGUCUCCCAAAGGCUUCUCUCUCCUGUAUGCAAUGAUAAAAUAUGAUCCUGAUGAGAGAAUUGCUGCCCAUCAAGCAUUACAGCACCCUUAUUUUCAAGAACUCUGGGCAGCUGAUACACAAGCUUUGGCCAUGCACAAAAAAUUAAGAUUACUAGGAAAUACAUCAGGGCAAGUACCUCUGCAUUUGUGGCAAAUUUCAAAGGAAGGUCAAAGACAGUCUGAGAAACAGAAGGCACUUAAGUCUUCCCUGAAACAUUUCCACUUACCUGCUAUAGAACGAAGAGGAGGAGGUUACUGACCGCCUUGUAAAGUAUUUGGAGUGUGAGGAAAAGCACAACUAUGCAGUGAGAGAGACCCAAUCAUGCUUCCGUUGCUAGAGAUCUAACAAGAGCAGCAGUGCCUUAUUUUGUGUUUCUCUGACAAUUUGUAGGAAAACCCCACAAGGUUAUGAGGGCUGCUUACCUACCAUUUUGGUAUUCUGUUCCUGAAGGGUAUCAAUAUUUAAUUAAAGCAUUGUUCUGGCAGAGCUUAGAGAGCACUCUGUAUUGAACUUUCUAAGUAUUUUUUCCUUUUAGAACCUGAUGGAGGAGGAGGUUGGUUAAAAAUAACAUGAAAGGAUUCUUUGAGCUUCAGUAUUAAGAAUGGAAUGUUAUCUACAAAAUAUGAGUUUUCAUAUUAUAUUAUAAAUGACAGCUAAUUUUUGUAUAUUUUUUAGAUGUAAAAGAUUUUUAUUUUUCAGUCAGUCAACUCUGGAAAGUAUUCACCUCCUGUAUUCAAUAACUUAAACCUCAAGUUUUAUUGAGAAUGUGCAGAUUAUGCAAUCAUAUGACAUACCUGAUUUUGAUGCAGUUUCUGUAACUGCUGAGUAUUUUCAUAUAACUAUAAUCUAAAGCAACUUUUUAUCUGAUUCAAAAGCAAAUAAAAUUUAGUCAUAGUUUUCUUCAAGUCAAGGUUGAUCUUAAUAUUAAUCGAAAGUUUUAACACUGACUGAUAUCGCAGCUACUUGCUUAAAAGAGCAGUAAAGGCACGUAUCUUAUGUUUCAGAAAUUUUGGGCACAGAUCAUCAGUAACUAUUUAAUAUAAUGUUACUGUUUCCUAGUGCUAUAAAAGGUAAGUUAAAAGGCAGCAUUUUUAUCUUACUUGGAAAGAGUAGUUGUUGCAAUUUGAUACCACCAAUUUUAAAAUUCCCGAGAUCUCCUAAAAAUUUGCAAUAAUAAUUUGCAAUACUUAAAUUUGGUGAUGUGUUACAAAACGGUUUUGCUAUCUAAAAAACAAAUUAAUUUGUGCAAGUCAUACUUAGCUGGGAGUUUAAAAAUCUUCUGUGUACCAAGUAUGGGCGUUUAAAAAUCUUCUGUGUACCAAGUAUGCACGCAAGACAGGUUUUGCAAAUAACUUUUUUGUCUUUUUAAUAGUUCUAAAAGUUACUCUGCUCAUAAUUGGGAAGUGAUCAGCUUUUUUUCCAGUAACCAAAUACCUCUGGGACUGCUGCUGCUGUUCAAAAGUUUCUGUGCAACAAAAAAGUGAAAAUGAAGCAAUAAGAAGGCAGGCAAGGGGCAUGUUGUAUUAGAAGUCACUGCUGCCCAUGAGGCAUUAUGAAAAAAUGCACUGGGUAGCAGACCACGUUAAAGUUACUAAGCCAACAAUUAAGCAUCAAUUUGAGAUUGAUGCUCUAAAUCCAGACAAACUAUUUAUUCUAAUCAGUUAAGAUGCAGCUCAAACAAUGUGGUAAAAUACACAUGAAAAUUUUAUAAAAAUACUACUCAUCUAGAAUAAAAGGUAUGUCCAUUAUGCUCUCAGCUCUCCAUCUGAGUUUUUAUUAGGCUGUGCAUUUGUGAAAAUAACAAUUGUUCUCACUCAGUUAAGAGGUUUUCCAGUAGGUGGCUUUUUUGUUGUGGGGUUUUUUGAUUGGUUGGUGUUUUUUUUAAGAAUUGGCGUCUCAACACUUUUAGGAUUCUGUUGUGCCUGCAUUAGAUCCUAUUCCUUGUUCUGCCAUUCAGCUUCUGGGUAACUUUGAGCGUGCCCAAAUUCCAUGUUGUAGCUUUUCAAUGUGGGGAAGCUCAUGAGACUCAAGUUCUUUAUGAAUCCUUUUGAGAUCUACUGCUUAAAAGCACCUGUCUAUCUUAUAUUUAUCUUUACCUUUUGAAGAAGGUAUUAUUUUCACAUACUGUACUGAGGAUCAACAUGACAUUCACUAGCAGAUUUUUUAAAAUGUGAAAAUAGCAGGCUAAAUGUUUGCGGUGCAUACUGUGAGAGUAAUUUUUUUAUAUUGAUACAAAUGCGACUGUCCAAGUUGUCCUGUCUUGUGCCUGCAUCAUACAGCCCUACAGUACCUUUGCUCAUUUUAUUCCAUUUCUUUGUAGCAAACUUUCAGAAUCUCAACAGCGAGAAUGGAGAAACAUCCCAGCCCUGCCAACAAUUCUUGUAAAAUAAGGCUAUAGCCCAUGAACAAGGCUCUGCAGGGAAACCUGUAUUGCUGCUGCUCAUCCUAGGUAUGCCAGAGGAAUAGCAGAUUUCUCUUACUAGGAUUGAACAAAUACAUAAGCAGAGUUUUAGUGGAGGAAGUGUUCUACACCAGUGGAGUGAGAACAUCAUAAUAAAGGGAGAAUUAAACAGCAGAACAUAACGGUAUAGCUAACUGCUUUUUCUCAUUUUAUUGAAACUCAUACAGGAUGGAUGCUGUCUUUCCUCCAGUCCUAAGCAGAAAAUAUGGUCCUGACCAUGGUAUCUCAAAGUGCCGUGGGGGCUACAUAAAGACAUAGUGACUGGCUGAGUUUUACUGCUCUGUUACAGUUAUUCAUCUCCCCUCUUCAUCAUGCUUUUAUGUUAUGUUAGCAGCUCAUACUGAUAGAACAGAUAGAGAACUUCAACAAUAAGGCAAUCCAGUAUUUGUAUGAAUACUUAGCAUAGGUGUACAUAUAUAUAAAUAUAUAUAAAAUAAAUUUAUAUAAACCUAGCAUAGAACCUAGCAUAAACCACACAAAGAAAGGUGUGAUGCUAAGCUUAGGAAAUGGAAUUAAGGACUGCAGCUCUACAGGCAACACAAUGUAACGGUAACCUCUGAGUUCUUGCCUUUGGAACUCCGAGCAAAAGGUACUAUGAGCUUAUCCAGUUUUUUUUCCAGAGAGGAAGAUGGUGAAUUGCUCGGUGCUAAUAUAUUUGGAGUUGAGCAUGGUGUCCAGCAGUGAAAAUGAUGGUCUAAAAAUAGGUAACUUUUAUUGUAUAUGAGGGAUAUUACUCUCCACAGUUAUUGUCUUACAAGAUUAAAAAAAAAAAAAAAAAAGGAUAAAUUCUACUACCCAUAUUUGACUGAUCAUUCAUACUCAGAGCUCUCCUACCUAGCAUUCUACAGUAGACCAAGGCUCAUAUUAUCAAGAGAAUGUUCCUGAAGGAGAUAAUGUUAAUUGUAUUGGUAGCUUCCCAUAAUCUUUUUCUGGAAACCUCAAAACACAGAUGCUGAAGUUUAAGUAUUUCAACAUUUCAACUAACCAUAAAAAAAAAAAAUUCCCUCAGAUCAUGUAUGCACAAGAUACUUUCCUAUUUUCAAAAGUGUUAUUGCAAAAUUGUUUGCUUCUGUAAUUAAUAUACCAGGUAGGUAAUUAUUCAUACACCAGGAAAGUGGUUGGUUUUUUUUGAAAAAGGUGAAGUCAGAAUUUUUGGUAAGUUUUAACUUGGAGAGAAAAGGCUGAGUAAUAUCUUGUAUGCUACCAGCAAUUCUCUCUCACGUACUCUAUCUGGGGCUGUCACAGGCUGUUAUAAUGAAAAAGGCAAUUUCACAUUCAGCAGAUUGUUUUUGCUAUGAAAAUUGGAAGUUUGAAGUGAAGGACUACAUUGGAAUGUUUUCUUCAUUUAUUUUAUGCUUUCAGGUGGAUCUUACACAGUUUGGCACAUACAGUGCUUCACGGGUAUUUAUUUCAUAACAAGUUCUUUGCCAUUAUACCUCUGGAGAUAACUUAAACUUCUCUGGCUGUUGGAUUAGUAGGCACACUUGAGUUUUCCCACCUGCUUUAUAGUUAAAAUGUGCUCAACUUUAAACUACAAACUGGCAAGUAUUGUUUCUGCCCUCAUUCUUCCAGCUAAAAUUCCAUAUUGAGAUCAUCUGCGUUCCACUCACUUUUAAAUUUUUUUUUUUUUUAACACAGUAGGAGAAAGUUAUUUAUUAAGAGCUGUAUCUAUAGUAGAACUCAAGUUCCUUCCAGGUAAGUAAUUAGUAUCCCUUUUCUUCCUAAAAUAAUUUUUUCCCAUAUGGAAUGAAGGGUGGGAUGGGCAGUUCAAGCUUUUAGAUGAUUGCCUAAUAGUAAAGAAGAGGCUGAAAAAAGAAAAAGCACAUACAUUCUUUGUAUGCUGUUGAAGUAUGAUUUGCAGCAGGGCCAUACUCCACAAAUGUAUACGCAAGUAGCUGCUAUUAUUACCCUGAUGUUGUAUACUACAGUCCUUUCCAUACUGGUUUUGUAUUUUUCCAGCUGAAGGAAAAAAGUCUUUUAAAGUUAUUACAUAUUUUCUCAACUGUUUGAUUUUGACUCAGACCGUAUGAAGUGCUUAUAUAAAAGAAGUCUACAGUCAGAUAACUACACUAAUUUCUAGUGACGAGGUUUAUCUGUAUUUUAACAGUUAAACCCACUAUGUUAAUAAAACAAAACUUCUGAACAAUAA